GUUUGUUAUAUGACUGUAAGACAGCUUAAGAUCGGAUUGUGUGGUCUCCUGAAGACAGGCCUCAAGUGAUGUGACGUUACGUCAGAGGAAUGAAAGAGAGAACGCCUUGAAUGCCAUUUGAGGCAAAACUUGUCAUUCAGUGCUUCCAUAGGAAUCCAUACAUUCAUACAAUAUAUACAGAAAUACAACAAAUAGUGAACAACACUAACAAUGUGUCCAUAAUUUGCAUUCAUUUGAUUCAACAAAUCAUUAAAUCAUUAAAUUUUGUGUUUAAUCAAUGUUUUAAAGCAAUAAUAAUCAAGAAAUGCCUGCCUUUCACACCAAGACUAUUGAAAGUAUAUUAGAACCGGUGGCCCAACAGGUCUCUCGAUUAGUGAUUCUUCACGAGGAGGCCGAAGAUGGGAACGCAAUGCCAGACCUGGAAAAGCCGGUUCAGGCGGUCAGUAGGGCUGUGACUAACUUAGUGAAAGUGGGCAAAGAGACCAUCAACAGCAGCGAUGAUAAUAUCCUCCGACAGGAUAUGCCGGCAGCCCUUCAACGAGUGGAACGGGCGGCCAAACUGCUGGAGGAGGCGUCGGCUCUCCUUAAAUCAGACCCCUAUUCACAACCCGCCAGAAAAAAGCUCAUCGAAGGCGCCAGAGGCAUACUUCAGGGAACUUCUUCUUUGUUGUUAUGUUUCGAUGAGUCGGAAGUGAGGAAAAUCAUCAGAGAGUGUAAGAAAGUGUUGGACUAUUUGGCGGUCGCGGAAGUGAUUGAAACGAUGGAAGAUUUGGUCCAAUUCGUGAAAGAUUUGAGUCCGAGUUUAACAAAAGUGUCGCGCGAUGUGGACAACAGAGAGAAAGAGUUGACACAUCAGGUGCACCGGGAGAUCUUGAUUCGCUCAUUAGAUUCGGUCAAAACAUUAGCACCUGUUCUCAUCUGUGCCAUGAAAAUAUCUGUCCAAUUGUUAGCACAGGGUAAGAAGACAGAAGAGGCCGCAGAAAACAGGAAUUAUUUGACUCAAAGAAUGACUGAUGAGAUCAACGAAAUCGUUCGGGUGUUACAACUGACCACUUAUGAUGAGGACGAGUGGGAGGCCGACAACCUGACGGGCAUGAAGAAGGCUCAGAACGCAAUCCUCGGAAAACUACGAACGGCUCACGACUGGCUCGAAGAUCCCACGGCUGUUGUCGGAGGGGUGGGAGAGAAGUCUGUGCGCUCAAUAUUGGAUUAUGCAUUAAAGGUGGCCGAAAGAGCCCUUCCCCCUGACCGCGAUGCCAUUAGGAAAAUGGUGGGCGACAUCACUGCUACCACUAAUGCUUUGUGUGAAUUGAGAUCUGAGGGCAAAGGAGGCACCCCUCAGGCCCAGUCACUCGCCAGAGGUAUCGAUCUGAAGCUUAAAGAGUUGAAUGCAUUGGUCGGACGUGCCAUUCAGAACGUGGAGCGAAGUGGUGUUCAACAGCCGGCGCACACUGUUUCUGGUCGAGUGGAACAGGCGCUCAAAUGGUUGGGUAACCCAGGGUUUGAUGACAAAGGAUUAGGGUCUCAAGCAAUUCAAGCGAUAGUGGACGAGGGCAGGAGGUUAGCCCAGUUCUGUCUGCCCGCUCAGAGACAGGACAUCUUAGGGCUCUGUAAUGAAGUCGAGUCAUUGAGUCGCCAAUUGAACGACUUGUGCCGUCGCGGACAGGGAAGUACACCACAAGCCCUCGCCAUCGCUAAGAACUUGUCGAACAAACUCCAAGAGCUGAAGAAGCAAAUAGAAAAGGCUUUAGUCACGCGAGUGGUCGAAGAUUUCAUAGACAUAACAACACCUCUUAAGCAGUUCACCGAAGCUGUAUUAGCACCGGAAGGUACGCCUAAUAGAGAGGCCAACUUCCAGGACAAAGCCAUCAAUUUGUCAAACUUCUCACAACGAGCGGCACAAACGGCACGAAACGUAGCCUCAGGCAGUGCUCCCAAUAAACGACUGGCCGAAGGGCUGAUGACAUCUGCCAAUCAUAUCGAGAGUUUGACCCCUCAGUUGGUCAGCGCCGGACGAAUCAGACUCACUCAUCCCGACAAUAAGGCAGCCGAUGAGCACUUCGAGAAUCUUAGAAAACAAUACUCAGACACCAUUCAGAACAUGAGGAAUAUGGUGGACGAGGCGGUCGACACCGUUAGCUUUAUUAAAGCGUCUGAGGACUCGAUAUUAAAAUACACGGCUUUGUGUGAGAAUGCGAUUGUGAACCGACAGCAACAGAGUAUGGUUGACAACACCUCUAAUAUUGCACGUCUGGCCAAUCGGGUUCUGAUGGUCGCCAAACAGGAGUCCGACAACUCUGAAGACCCCAAUUUCAUCAGUCGAGUCAACAGAGCAGCCGAUGAGUUGCAAUCCACCGUUCCCGUUAUGGUUCAGGACGCCAAGAAUGUGGCCAUUAAUAUAUCUGAUCCCAAAGCCAUAUCUCGUUGGAGGGAUUCUAAUAGAGCCUUAAUCAAUUCAGUGGCAGAAGUAAAGAAAGCCGUUUCUGUAGACCUGCCGGACAUGAGUUCACUCUAUAUAAGCGCUCCGGAGCCAAUCAAAGAGCUGACACCCGAAGCGGAUUUCAAUGAUAUAUUCUCUUCUUUGGAUGAUUUCAUACCUCAAACUCAAACUCGUAUUGAUAUUCAAACUCAAAGACAAGUGCCUCAAACACAGACUCAGAGACCAGUCGUUACUUUUAGUGAAAAGACAGACUAUGCACCUCCUCGUCCUCCACCACCAAUGGCUGGCUCAGCGCCACCCAGACCUCCACCGCCCGAAACGGACGAUGAAUUUGAAAUACAAUUCCCUGUUUUGCAACCAAACCAACCAAUUAUGAUGGCGGCCCAUGAUUUGCAUCUGGAAGUGAAGCAGUGGUCGAGUAAAGAGAAUGAGAUCAUCGCUGCGGCCAAGAAGAUGGCACUCCUUAUGGCCCGAUUGAGUCAGUUGUGUGGCGGAGAGGGCGGUACCAAAAAGGAUUUGAUUGCCUGCGCCAAAGCCAUUGCCGAGGCCUCCGAGGAGGUCACACGACUGGCCAAAGACCAGGCUAAGCUCUGCACUGAUAAACGCAUGCGAACUAAUAUUCUUCAAGUUUGUGAAAGGAUUCCAACCAUUGGAACCCAAUUAAGAAUCUUAUCCACUGUCAAAGCCACAAUGUUGGGUGCACAGGGUAUGUCUACUUGGUCGGAGGAGGACGAGGAGGCGACAGAGAUGUUGGUGGGAAACGCCCAGAAUCUGAUGCAAUCGGUGAAGGAGACGGUGCGCGCGUGUGAGGCCGCCUCCAUCAAGAUUCGUACGGACAGUGGCCUACGGGUGCGAUGGGUGCGGAAGCAACCCUGGUAUCAGUAUUGAGCGGUUUUUUGUAAUUAAUAGUAAACUUAUUGUUAAUAUUGUAAAUCACAACUAACACAACAGUCCAGUGGUUUCACUGCCAUUAAAUGCAUUUUUAAUGUAAUCUUAUUAUUGAAUGAUUUAAAAAUUAAUCAAUUUAUUAUUAAUUCUUACAUUUGUUUGUCUUUAAACUUUAACUCAAUUUUGAAAAUUUUUGUGCCAAGUCUUAAGUUAUAAACAAUACCAAAUUAACAUCAAUUUUUAGAAUUUCUAGGACAUUUUGAUCAAUUGAUUUAAUUAUUUGUUUUAUCUAUUUUACGC